GGCCAUCCUUAGGAACAGUCCCCAAAGCUGAUCCACCUUUGAGCUCAGCCCUUGGGCUGCAGGGUGGCAGAGAGCUUCAGAGAAUUCCUCUAUCCAGUAUCGGAACAUCUGUGUUUCAGUGCAGUCUCCACCACUGCCUCCCUCACUGAGCCCCAGGGUCUUCCCUUCCAGUAUAGUGAUCAGAUCCACCCUACUCUGUGUGGCUGGAUGAGACCCUGAACACAGACAGAUGCUUCUGCGGAGUCUCUCCCCACCUUCCUGGGCGAGGGUGCAGGACUCCACCUCUGAUUGGCACUGCUCCCAGCCUGCCUAGUUGCCUAGCAACAGCUCCGCGUCUCUUGCCGAGGACACACUAUGGCCAGUGGUGGCAAUCCAGCAGCCAAGAGGGUAGUGGUAUACCGGAAUGGGGACCCCUUCUCCCCAGGCUGCCAGCUGGUGGUGAGUCAACGCCGCUUUCCCACCCUGGAGACCUUCCUCUGUGAGGUGACAUCGGCUGUGCAGGCCCCAGUGGCUGUGCGGGCCCUCUAUACGCCUUGUCAUGGCCACCCUGUCACGGACCUGGCGGACCUGCAGAACAGAGGGCAGUAUGUGGCUGCUGGCUUUGAAAGAUUCCGCAAGCUGCACUAUUUACCCCCUGGACGGAAGGCUCCAGGUGGAAAGAGCAGCAGACUACCAGAUCCUCCUGAGACUCACUGCCCAUGUGAUGGGACCUGUGGACCACGACCACCAGCAGGUUCCCCCUGCUACAUCCAUGUGUUCAGGAAUGGGGACCUGUUAAGUCCCCCAUUUAGCCUGAAGCUGUCCCAGGCGGCCAGCGAGGACUGGAAAACAGUGUUGAAGCUCCUGACUGAGAAGGCCAAACUACAGACCGGAGCUGUGUGCAAACUCUGCACCCUGGAAGGGCUCCCACUGUCAGCAAGAGAGGCUCUGGUGAAUGGCCAUUACUAUGUGGCUGUGGGAAAGGAUGAGUUCAAGGCCCUCCCCUAUCUGGAGCUGCUGGUGCCUAGCCCCUCACUGCCCAGGGGCUGCUGGCACCCUCCAGACCCAAAGUCUAGGCCUCACAAGCAGCGGCUCCCGCAGACACCAAGGGCAUUCAAGCGUGGCCUGGCAGGAGAGAAGGCAAGAAGAGCCAGCAUCCACAGCCCAAGCCCAGUCUUCCCUCUACAGGCCCACGGCCACGGGGCACAGGCAACCCAGCCCUCUACAAAGGAGCCAAGCCAAAUUGAGCCAUCUGCUUUUCAUGCCAGACGCCAGCAGGCCAUUCAGCCAAGAAGCAGGCUCCCCACUCUCUCAUUUCCAUCAGGAGUCAAAGGAGUAUACGAGGCUCCCCACCCAAGGAAGGAGACAGCAGGGGCCCAGGAAGUGCCAGAUGAUGAAGACACCUGUGCAGAGGAACCCUUGGAUCAGAGGGCAGCGCAGAUGGUGGACGAGGCCCUGUGCCUGGAAAAGCAGCCUGGGACUGGGGCAGCGAUCUCAGCCUCAGCCCUGUCUCUGCCAUCUUGGGCGCCAGCAGCUCCAGCCGGGAACUGGGGCGUCCACUCUGCAGCCACCAUUUAUCCUUGCCUCCAGCAGCCUGUUCCAGGGGACCCAGCGCCCCGCCUGGGCUCACAGGAUACCCUGUAGCCCCCUCAGCCCUGCCCCACUCUUCUGCUCCUAAACCCACAUCCUAGUCUUACUUUCCUUUGAAUAGAGCAGCCCUAGCCAUGGAGGCCAUGUCCUUAAGGGAUUAUCUGGCCAGAGAGAAGAGGAGCCAACCAACCUUUGUAGCCAAGAGAGACUACAAACUUGAGAGCAGGUCUGUCACAAUAAAAGAAUACUUACUAUCCUC